AUGAAAAUUAAAAGAUCAAUCAUCUAAGAAUAACAGCCAGAUCAUGAUUUGAUUCGUAAACAGAAUGAAAUCAAUUUACAACCAGCACUAUAAGUAUAUAGAAUGUAUACUUAAUUACAUACAGUAGCUUAAGCAGAAUAAGUGGCUGAUUCUUUGUCAUCAAUAGAUUUCAUACAGAAAUAAUGUGAAAAUAGUAUGAAGGUUAGAGAUUUUGCUAUGUAUGCAGCCUAAUAUUUCAAAUAUGAAUAUUACAGUUUUGGCCAAACAAUAAUGAAUUAAGGAGAGUAUGGAGAUAGAGUUUAUUUGUUACUGAAUGGUGAUGUGGGUGUAUACAUGAAACGAUCGAAUGAAGAUGUUUAGAAGGAUUUAGAGUUAUCGACAUAGUAAUGUAGUGAGACUAAUAUUGUUAUAAGUAAUGCUUAAAAGAAAAAGAAAACUGUUCUAUUAAAUUAACUAAACAAAUAUGAAUUAGCCUUGAGAAUGCUAAUGGAUAAUACGAUGUACUAUAAUAAUGGAGUUCCAUUGUUUAAAAAAGUGUGGCAAUACUAUUCAGGAUAAUGUUUUGGUGAUUAAGCACUAAUAUAUGAUCAACCAAGAUCGGCAAGCAUUAUAGUAGUAUCAGAGGAGGCGCAUUUGAUAUCAAUGAAUAAACAUGAUUAUAAAUAAGUUUGUGAGAAACAGAUUCAGGAAUAGAAUGCAAAUGUUGAUUAUUUUAUGAAAUUAUUUAAUGGAGCUAGCAAAUUUACUGUCACUAAGUUUAUAUAGAAUCUAAGAACUAUUCAAUUCUCAGCAUAAGAAAUAUUAUGGAAGGAGGGAGAUGAACCUAAAUUCUAUUUUUUGAUUUUGAAGGGUAGAGUGCAAUUAUAUAAGUAUAUUGCAGAAGAAAUGAUUACUCAAUCUGUCAGUAGAAAGAAGAAGAAGAUCAUCUUAAGUUAAUUAUCAGAUAACUCAUUCGUCGGUUAAGAAGAGAUAAUUGAUUCUCUUCCUUAUCGAUUGUAUUCUUGUUAAGUCUUAGAUAAUACAACAGCCUAUUUUAUGGAAGCAAGUGAGUUCAAUAAUCUGAAAAAGAACUUUCCAGAAAUAGUGAAAUUACUGAAAGACAAGAGUUCUCUAAUAUCUGAUUAUAUGAAUAUUAGAUAAAAUAACAUCAUUUCAAUACUGUCUUAACAUGAAAAUUAAUAAAAAGAAUAACCAUAGUUGAUGAUUACUGAAAGAAAAACUGUGUAGGAGAUAUUCAAAGAUCCACAUGAUAGACCAGAUAAGAAUGAUAUUAGAUCAUAAAAACCUAAAAUACUAUUACAGACUGAAAUUGCCCAUUAGAAUAUGUUAUAUCAUUAGAAGAAAUUGCCUACUGAUGCUAAAACUUAAUUUCUGAUGGUUGACACAAAUCUCAUUGAGUAAAUCAGAGACAGAGUAUCCAGAAAGAUUUGGACUGGUGCUGAAAAGAAGUAGAGAGUUAAAACUACUCAUCUAGAUGAUAAUUAAAUUUUAACUAGUAGAGUUUAGAGUGCACUCAAUGUCAAAUCUAAGAAAAUGUAGAGGUUUUCAUCUCUUGAAACCAUACUCCAAAUCACCUCAUCAGAGCCUCAUUAGACUUCUCCUACCUUUAUCACUUCCUCAACCAACACUAUUCCUCUAAUCUAAAGAUCCUGGAAUCCAUAGAGUAGAUAACUAAAGGCUAAAUUAAGAAGAAAAAUGAGUGGAGCAAUGAGUCAAAACACAUUAUAAAGUAGACAAGUUGAAAAUGAAGAUAUAUUCUCUCACCUCUAACUACCUCAAAGAAUACACACAGCCAAAUCAUCAAAUAGAAAAAAUUGUUCCUCUUUUGGAUUGCGAAAAAAGAGUGAUCAAGUUGUAAGUUAUAUUUGA